UUCAAAAAGAAUUUGGGUAUAGUUAAACCGUCUGCUUUGCCCUAACGGAAACUCAACUCUGCGAGCUUCCGCUAAGAAAGCUAUGGGGAAGAAAGCAAGUGGAGUAGGAGAAGAAGGAGAUGGAUCCACUGGAAAAGAAGGUUACAAGCUUCUGGGCAAUCCGACUUUCAAAAAAUUGGAGAAUGGCCGCUUCAAAUGCGUUCAAACAGGGCAUGAGCUGCCGGAACACGCUAGGGACUCUUAUGCCCACAGCAAGCACUGCCGCUUGGGUCUAAUUGAUGCUGCUCUUUCUAAGAAUAAACCUCCUCUCAAUAUGUUUAACCAAGAUCCUCUCAAUCGGUCAAAGUUGAUAUGUAAAUUAACAGGAGAUACAGUUAAUAAGUCGGAGGAGCACAUAUGGAAACACAUGAGUGGAAAACGGUUUCUCAGAAUGUUAGAGAAAAAGGAAACUGAAACUGAAAUGGAAAAUGGAGGGCUAGAAAAGCAAGUAGAAAAUGAAGUGGCUAAGAAGACGGAUAGCAAAGCUAAUCGUCGGGACAAAAAGAAAAACAAAAAGAAAGAAAUAGAAGAUGCUAGCAAGGUUAUAUCCGAAAUAAGGGAUUCUUCUGGAAAGAACAGUGGCUCAGAAGAUGAUGAUGAGUUUUGGAUGCCUCCAGUUGGUGCUCGCUGGGACAAUGAUGAUGGAGGUGAUCGAUGGGGAUCUGGUUCGGAAUCAGAAGAAGAAGAAGAAGAUGCUAUUGGGCAAGAUGGAGGAACUGAAGAGGAUAACCAUGACGCCGGAGAGCUUUCUAAGCGGGCAAAACGCAUGUCCCUUGAGAUUGGACCCAGUAGCUUUGCCUCAAGGAAGAAAAAGAAGAAGACCAGUGCUACAUGAUAUUUGUCCUCCGAAAAAGCAUUACAAAUUUUGUUAUCAUCGUGCUUGCUUGCUUCAUUUUAGCUUCUUUAUUUUGCUUAUUAUUGUGUUACUGAAGGAAGAGAUUUCUUGUAUUUAGAGCGUCUUUUCUUAUAUUUAAAACACAUUUGUAGAUUAAUUUUCGGACUAUCAUUUUGAGACAUUGAAAGAA